GGCUGGCGGCACGGGCUUUCCUCGCGGCCUGUACGUUGAAGGAGUGGAAGCACGAAGGAGAGCUGAGGAGGCCGCCCUGCCCCGGCCCUCUGGCGCAGCCGCUGGGGCCCAUCCCUCUCCGCGCGCUCGAUUGCUUCCGCGCGCGCCCUCCGGGUGGGGCCUGCAGCUGCGGGAGCCGCGGGGGACGACGCGCCCGCGGCUUCUGGUUCUCCCGCUAGCCGCGGGGCUUCGCUGCGUGCCGUCUGGCUGCCGGGGCGAGCCUUUCCGGCGAAGAAGGCGCGUUCAUUUGGACGCGCCCCUGCUGGGGAGGUGCCUCCCGCGCCCACGAACUGGAGAACGGGGAAGGCCGGGCUUUGGCUGAGCCCGGGGGCGGGUGGUGCUGGGGCGGCGGAAGGGCCCCCCACCGCUUUCCCUGGGAUUCCGGGCCCCUUGAGACUGUUCACUGUCGGAAACAGAAUGGGCCUUGGUGAUCCUACCCAACCCCCGCCCGUCUUAUCCCAGGUUGGGGAAAUGGACGCCCGGAGGGCGCAUGAUCUAGCAGAAAGAUGGCUGCCAUUGGCUAUUUUAUUUUUCUUUCUGUGGCAAGACUGUCAUGGUGCCUGGAUAUUUCAGGAAAUCCAGUAUCAAAAUUGACUGCAGAAGAAAGAACCUAACAGACCAAUAACGAUGGAAGAAAUUGAGAAAGUUAUCAAAAAGCUACCAUCCCCCAAAACACCAGGUCCAGAUGGUGUUACAGGUGAAUUCCUUUAACUUUGAAGGAAAAGGUAAUUUUGAUAAGGUUCAAGUUGUUUACCAGCAUCAGGAAGAAAAAGUGACAGAUUGUUUUUUACAAAGCCAGUGGAACAUUGACACCUGAACUUGGCAUGAAGAUAGUACUAAAAUUGAAAAUCAGAUGGUGCUGGAAGUGGUGGGGGACCUGGUACUGGCAUACAUGUAAUGGAAGUAUAAAUCCUCCCCAACUCCAAGGAAGCUGGUAUCUCUGGUUCGAGCAUCCAGGUGACUUCAUAAUCUAGCUGUUCUAAUACCUGCCAGGAUUAGAAAUAAUUCCUGUCUCUGAGCCAGGUCUUCCUUGGAUUAUUUACGUUGCAGAGGGGCGCGCUUUCCGAACACCAGAUAAAUUGCAUUGGUGGAGGGAGAGGGACAAGCAGAUUCCACCCUGAACGCAGAGCGGGAUGCAGAGCCUGACUCCACAACCCUGAGAUCGUGACAUGAACCAAAAUCAGUAGUCAGACGCUUAACCCGCUCCACUGACUGAGCCACCAGGUUAAAAAUAUCCUUCAUGAAGAAGAAAGACCUUAAGCAACAUGGUGGAUUCAGAAGCUCAUGAAAAGAGGCCGCCCAUCCUAACAUCUUCAAAACAAGAUCUGUCACCUCAUAUCGCAAAUGUUGGUGAAAUGAAGCAUUACUUGUGUGGCUGCUGUGCAGCUUUCAACAACGUAGCGAUCACGUUUCCCAUCCAGAAGGUGCUCUUCCGGCAGCAGCUGUAUGGAAUCAAGACCCGGGAUGCGGUGCUUCAGCUGCAGAGGGACGGCUUUCGAAACUUGUACCGCGGAAUCCUUCCCCCACUGCUGCAGAAGACCACCACUCUGGCGCUUAUGUUUGGGCUGUACGAGGACUUAUCGUGCCUUCUCCGAAAGCACAUCAGUACCCCCGAGUUUGCGACCCGCAGUGUGGCCGCAGUACUUGCGGGGACAACAGAAGCAAUUUUCACUCCAUUGGAAAGAGUUCAGACAUUGCUUCAAGACCACAAGCAUCAUGACAAAUUUACAAACACUUACCACGCUUUUAAGGCACUUAAAUGCCAUGGAAUUAGAGAGUAUUAUCGAGGCUUGGUACCUGUUCUUUUCCGUAAUGGAUUCAGCAAUGUCCUUUUCUUUGGCCUUCGAGGUCCCAUUAAGGAGCAUCUGCCGACCGCAACGACUCACAGCGCUCAUUUGGUCAAUGAUUUUAUCUGUGGAGGUCUGUUGGGUGCCGUGUUGGGAAUCUUGUUUUUCCCAGUUAAUGUUGUGAAAACUCGCAUGCAGUCUCAGAUUGGUGGGGAGUUUCAGUCUUUUCCCAAGGUUUUCCAGAAAAUCUGGCUAGAGCGGGACAGGAAGCUGACGAAUCUUUUCAGAGGUGCUCACCUGAAUUACCAUCGGUCUCUCAUCUCUUGGGGCAUAAUCAAUGCAACUUACGAGUUCUUGUUAAAGAUUAUAUGAAAGAAACCAUAAGUUAAGUGCCAAACUGAAUAGACCUAAAAAGAAUACAGUUUGGCCUUGUUCCUAAUUGGCCAAAUACGAGUUUGUGUCAUAAGUUCAGGGCACAGUGAAUUAUGGGCAAAGCUGUUUUCUUGAAGUACCAACAAAUUCAGAAUAAGAGGUUCUUGUAGGAAAAUUUGGGGGUUUUUUGUUUUGUUUUUUUCAUCAUUAUCUGAGAACUUUAGGCUGCCUGGUUAAGAGCUGUCUAUCUGACUGCUUUUGACAAGGAAAACUAAUAGCCAAGGUAUGAU